CUUCCCUGGUCACGCUAAAAUGGCACCUCUGUUACUUCAUUAUCCUGCAUCCUGUUUCUUCACAGCAUCCACUGCCAUUUAUUAUAUAUUUGUUUGUUUAUGGCAUGUCUGAAUCCUCCCACCCAAAUGUGAUAGCCCCGAGAGCAGGGAUUUGGUUUUCCUGCACCCCUGAAUCGCUAACAGGUUGGAACCAUGCCAGGCACAAACAACCAUUUGCUGAGUGAAAGAACAAAGAAGUGAAUCUGAGCUGUGUAAUGAUUGAAAGUAAACUUGAUAUUUGGAUGAUUGAAAAAAAUCUGCUUGAGUGUUCCUUGCUGUCUAACAGAGGGGUCUCGGUCUGGCUUUCACAGAUCCAUUUCUGUGUCAGCCAUCCAGUGGCUUAAAACCAAUCACUAAAGCCUUGAGAACCAAUUCAUACCUGGGUGAAAUGGGUUCGAUAACCCAGGUCCAGGCAGCAGACAUAGGUCGUUGUAUUGCACUGUGUGCCUCUGCAUUGAAUUGGCCUGGGAGCAGCUUGGGGCCUGGGGCUGGUCUCCUUCACUGUUCAGUCCCAAGUACUUAUUUAUCAUAGAGCCUGGCCCUCAGAGAGGUAAAAGACAUGUUUGCUGAAUGAAUGAAUAUAUAGAGGAAACAAGCACAGGGCUCUUAAUGCCCCUCAAAGCUAAGGUCUCCAUUUGAGAAUAAGCUUGGUUCAUGGCAAACACAUUACUCUUUCAACUAAAAUCAAAUCUCUCCAGAGAUAAGGAGGCACUAAACAACUGGUGUCCUAACCCACUGCAAGGAAAGGCAAACCUAGGCUCCAGAUCCAGUUCCAUGCCAUGUUUUGGAAUUUGUGUUUACGUCUGCCUUCAUCCCCAUCCUCUCCGCUCUAGCAUAAGCAAAAUUAUAACCCCCGCACACUGACUUGCAGGCAAUUAUCAGAGCCCUGGUGCUCCUCCGUUGAGGGACUUCGCCCCCGAGACCGCUGACUGUAUGUGAAUAACAAAUCAAAAGUCAGGGUUGCAGAAUCAGCCGGACUUUCCCGCUCCUUUGCAGCAGAGGGAGGAAGCAGAGAAUGAAAGAUUCUGAAAAUAAAGGUGCCUCGUCUCCAGACAUGGAGCCCAGCUAUGGGGGAGGUCUCUUUGACAUGGUGAAGGGCGGAGCAGGGAGGCUCUUUAGUAACCUAAAGGACAACCUGAAAGACACCCUCAAAGACACCUCUUCCAGAGUUAUACAGUCUGUUACCAGCUACACGAAGGGAGAUUUAGACUUCACUUAUGUUACCUCCAGAAUUAUUGUGAUGUCCUUUCCUCUGGACAGUGUUGACAUAGGAUUCAGGAAUCAGGUUGAUGACAUUCGAAGCUUUUUGGAUUCCAGACAUCUUGACCACUACACGGUGUACAACCUGUCGCCCAAGUCUUAUCGAACUGCCAAGUUUCACAGCAGGGUCUCAGAAUGCAGCUGGCCCAUCAGGCAGGCCCCCAGUCUGCACAACCUCUUUGCUGUGUGUCGGAAUAUGUAUAACUGGCUACUACAGAAUCCCAAAAACGUCUGUGUUGUCCACUGCUUGGAUGGACGGGCAGCAUCAUCAAUUCUGGUUGGUGCUAUGUUCAUUUUCUGUAAUCUCUACUCUACUCCUGGCCCAGCUGUUCGACUGCUCUACGCAAAGCGACCAGGAAUCGGACUUUCGCCAUCCCACAGGAGGUACCUGGGCUACAUGUGUGACCUUCUGGCGGACAAACCUUACCGUCCGCACUUCAAGCCUCUCACAAUUAAGUCGAUCACUGUCAGUCCAGUUCCUUUCUUCAACAAACAGAGAAAUGGAUGUCGCCCUUACUGUGAUGUACUGAUUGGAGAAACCAAAAUAUAUACAACCUGUGCAGAUUUUGAACGAAUGAAAGAAUACCGUGUCCAAGAUGGGAAAAUCUUUAUUCCCUUGAGCAUCACUGUGCAAGGAGAUGUGGUCGUUUCCAUGUAUCACUUGAGGUCAACCAUUGGAAGCCGGCUGCAGGCUAAGGUGACCAACACUCAGAUAUUCCAGCUUCAGUUUCAUACUGGGUUUAUUCCACUGGACACAACAGUUUUAAAGUUCACCAAGCCUGAGUUGGAUGCAUGUGAUGUGCCAGAAAAAUAUCCUCAGCUAUUUCAGGUGACUCUGGAUGUAGAACUACAGCCCCACGACAAAAUGAUAGACCUAACCCCACCGUGGGAACAUUACUGCACGAAAGAUGUCAACCCCAGCAUCCUCUUCUCUUCUCACCAGGAGCACCAAGAUACUCUGGUCUUAGGAGGACAGGCUCCAAUAGAUAUUCCUCCAGACAACCCCAGACAUUUUGGGCAGGGUGGCUUCUUUUCCACUCUGUGUUGGCAAGAUCAGAAAUCGGAGAAAUCCUUCUGCGAGGAGGACCACGCUGCCCUAGUGAAUCAGGAAAGUGAGCAGUCGGAUGAUGAACUUCUGACGCUGUCCAGUCCGCAUGGCAAUGCCAAUGGCGACAAAGCUCACGGAGCCAGAAAGCCCAGCAAAAAGCAUCAGGAGCCAGCAGCCCCUCCGCCCCCUGAGGAUGUGGACCUUCUGGGUCUGGAAGGGUCUGCAGUGAGUAAGAACUUCUCUUCGGCGGCGGCUCCGCCCACCAACUCCGAACUUCUCAGUGACCUGUUUGGGGGUGGAGGCGCGGCCGGUCCCGUUCAGGCGGGCCCGUCGGGGAUGGAAGACGUGUUUCAUCCGAGCGGACCGACGUCCACCCAGUCGACCCCACGCCGGUCGGCCACCUCCACCUCCGCAUCUCCAACUCUAAGAGCCGGAGAAGGGGCAGCGUUUGACCCCUUUGGAGGACCUUCUAAGCCAUCCGGUCAAGAUUUGCUGGGUUCUUUUCUGAACACAGGCAGUGCAUCCAGUGACCCAUUUCUUCAGCCCACGAGAAGUCCUUCACCUACAGUGCAUGCUUCGAGUACACCUGCUGUGAACAUUCAGCCAGAUGUCGCAGGAGGUUGGGAUUGGCAUACUAAACCAGGAGGUUUUGGAAUGGGAAGCAAGUCAGCUGCCACCAGCCCAACUGGCUCAUCACAUGGUACUCCCACCCAUCAGAACAAACCCCAGACUCUGGAUCCUUUUGCCGACCUUGGGACAUUAGGUGGUUCUUCAUUUGCCAGCAAGCCCUCCACACCAACUGGAUUGGGUGGAGGAUUUCCACCCCUCAGCUCCCCACAGAAAGCAUCUCCCCAGCCUAUGGGUGGAGGGUGGCAGCAGGGAGGUGGCUACAACUGGCAGCAGACACAGUCUAAGCCUCAGCCCAGCAUGCCCCACGCUUCUCCCCAGCACCGGCCCAACUACAACGUGAGCUUCUCAUCCAUGCCUGGGGGCCAGAACGAACGUGGGAAAGGAUCAGCUAAUGUGGAAGGGAAACAAAAAGCAGCUGACUUUGAAGACCUACUCUCUGGUCAAGGUUUUAAUGCCCACAAAGACAAAAAGGGGCCUCGAACAAUAGCUGAGAUGAGAAAGGAGGAAAUGGCUAAGGAGAUGGAUCCUGAGAAACUAAAGAUCUUGGAAUGGAUUGAAGGCAAAGAGAGAAAUAUCAGAGCCCUUCUGUCCACGAUGCACACCGUGCUGUGGGCUGGGGAGACGAAGUGGAAACCAGUUGGCAUGGCAGACCUGGUCACGCCAGAGCAGGUGAAGAAGGUGUACAGGAGGGCCGUGCUGGUGGUGCACCCAGAUAAAGCUACCGGGCAACCCUAUGAACAAUAUGCGAAGAUGAUUUUCAUGGAGCUCAAUGAUGCCUGGUCCGAAUUUGAAAAUCAAGGCCAAAAGCCCUUGUAUUAGUUUAUGAGCUUUUCCAUCUUUGCUGCAGAUCUGUGCUAAUGCCUAGUGUGUGUCACAGUUCUGAGGUUUUUCACAGGUGAACCAAAAACUCCAGCAACGUGUAGGUAAUACUAAAUUAAGUUCCUUGCGAAUUAAUUCCUCAUUGAUAAGGAGGUUUGUUUUCUCAAGUCCCCAGCAUAAAAGGACCAAAGCAGGGAAGAACUUUUAGUUAGAUGACCUUGCAGAGUUUUGCCACAUUCCAGCCUGCCCUUUGAGGAGCCUGCUCAGUAUUGGGGGGUGGGGGAUGGAAAAUAGAGGCCCCCAAAGGCAUAACACCCAUCUCGUGGUCUGGGAUAGGAUUAAUGAGCAAAAGUUGCAAUGAUAGGAUUAUGGGAUGGAUUUUAACUAAUGGUUUUUAGAUUUUCUUGGAAAGAUGUAAUUUAAAUAACUCCAGGAGCAUUACCACUAGGUAUUUUUUUUUAGUGGAAAUUGCCCAUGGCCUAUAGCAUAAUAUUGUAUGCUUGUUUUGGUCAAGAGGAGGGCUAAAGGUGUAAAAGAACAUGCAUGGGGAGAGGUGAUUAUCCUACAACCCAGGGAUUCCUACCCACACUUCUUGGAUAUGCUGAAAGGUAGUGAAAAUGCUGACUAAAGAAAACCUGGACCCUGAGGAUGUAGGAAUCUGUAUUCCUGGUCAGAAAGUUGGACUGCUGCCUUCUUUUCCCUUUAGAAAAACUCACGGUUGCUUGAAGAAAAAGUCUUUAAUCUCCUAACAACUCUACUUCUAAUUUUGCCAUAAGGCUUCCGUUCUUCCUUUGGCUCAGCGGAGAAAACGCUCUUCGCUGGGAGCAGGUUUUAAAGCAGUUCCGCACAUUCACAAUGGAUCGGGGUAGGGGGGUGUCUCAUAGGAACCCACGGUCCUCCAGGUUUGUGAGCGGCUGUGGGAAGAGAACAGAUGACAACACUGACUAUUGGUCACCAGACUCGGCAGUUGCAGUCAGAGAGCUGAUCUUAUGUCUGAUGGCUUGUCAGGAUUUGCCUUUUUGAGGGGCCAGGUUCCUCUUCUCACCCGAUGAAAUUCGACCCCUGAAGUCAUGACAGUGGCGUUUAUUUAAAAGUUGUUGGGGGUCUACUGGAACAUCGCUGACACAGGGACGUCCACAGAAAGCAAAGCAAGAAUGAAACCUUUGUAGACUUCACACUGGUUGUAUUUCAGUUCAGUGCUCUGACUGUUUCUCAUUUUGAGGGGUAAGCAGUUGUUCCCCGUGACGUUAGUAGAUCGUUUUGGGUGUGUGUAUAUGCAGGGUGCAGGGGGUAUGUAUGCAAAGCAGGUGGGCAAAAAGAUUUCCAUGCUAAUCUGGAAAGGUUCAUGCUCAAUAUCGUGUAAAGCUUUCAAAGGUUGUUUUUCAAAGACAAUCAUUUUUGUUUCUAUUUUCUCUUUCUUAUUGCAAACUCUACUGGAAAAGCAGCAUGUCAAAAAUAUUUUAUGUUCUCUACACAACUCUGCUUUUUUUCUCUUCUUUGUCCCUUUCUUCUUCUAAUUCUUUUUUUUUUUUUUUGAUUAAAAGGUUCAUUAUUUAUGUUACGGUUUGCUGACAAUGUGAAACUCACAGAAAAUGUUCUCUUUUUAAAUAUACAGCUGCAAACUGUUCAAAGGAACCAUAAAAAAAAACCUAGGUGUUAUUUAUUAACAUAUUAUAAAAUAAUGUUUGAUGCAGUAUGUGCUUGUCUUAUGUAAAACUGGAAUGUGAGACACGUUGCUGUGACUUUUUUUUCUCAUUCACAUUUGUAGAUAUUGUGUGAACUACAGUAUAUAAUGAUAAUAAUUAAAAGGCUAUGUGAAUGUCACGUACAUUUUGAAAUGAUAGAACUAUAUUAGCUUUGUAUCAUGUUUGGAUAAUUCAUCAAUGUUCACAGUUUAAAACAUCAUUAAACAUUAUAUAAUUAGCAAUGAGAAAGAAUCUUACCUAACUUAAAUUUGGGAUGUUCCCUAUCUCUUCUCCAGAUACACUAUAAUUCUGGACCUCUAUUUAUCUCAAAACUCUUAACAUGUGCAGACCAACAGGUCUUUGCAUUCCUUUUAAAUAUCUUGGUUGUGACAGAGCUUGUUGUUGAUCAGAUUCA